GCCUCCGUCGCGAAGAUGGCAACGUUGAAAGAGAUUCUCACGAGGCGCCCGGUGGCGGCGACAAUCCGCCUGACGGUGCCGGCGGGAGGGGCGAAGCCCGCGCCGCCGGUAGGUCCUGCCUUGGGUCAGUACAGGCUGAAUCUGAUGGCGUUCUGCAAGGACUUCAACGCCCGAACCCAGAAAUACAAACCUGAGACUCCUAUGGCCGUCACCAUAACCGCCUUUACGGACAAUACCUUCGAGUUCAUUGUGAAGUCUCCCUCUGUUACGUGGUACUUGAAGAAGGCGGCGGGGAUCGAGUCCGGCAGUAGCCGCCCCGGUCACGUAGCCGCCUCUACAAUCACUCUGAAGCACGUGUACGAGAUAGCCAAGAUCAAGCAGGCCGAUCCUUACUGCCAGUACAUGUCGCUCGAGUCCAUUUCGAAGUCCAUCAUUGGGACUGCCAAUUCCAUGGGAAUUAAAGUUCAGAAGGAGCUCGAUUAGGUUAGGGUAAAUUAUCCACUCCUCAAUGAGAGUAAUUUUGAUUUGCUUUUAUGCGCACUGCGUUUCUGUUUCUGCUUUGAUUUGAAUUACACAAGGGCUAUAUAAAUUGGGCGUCUCUGCGAUUCCUACAAUCUAUGAGAAAUAUGUGUUCAUCGUUUCUGCAUCUGAUGAAAUUCUUAUCUCUGAUCAUCUGGGGAUUUACUUGGCUUGUUAAAAAGAUUGAAUUCUUGUGAUUCUGAAUGCACCUUCACCUAUAUGGAGUCUUUAGUGAAAAUUAUUUGAUGGUAUAACAAUAACUUGAUCAAUUCAUUGCCUUGUACAAAUGUGCAUUCUUUCUUUAUGAUCAAUUGGAAUAGUUUAUUGUAGUGUAGGGUAGUUUCCUCAAGCUGAUGGUAAUUUUUCACUAAGCAAGUUGGAUGAUGGAUGGAUAAGAGAAGCAAGCUCUUACAGAAAAUCCACCUAGUUUUGCUACACUCUGAACCUUAAUUUGAUGUUUUUGCAAUAUGAUUGAAAUUGAUGCUGGAUUGGAAGAGGGGUUUGAUCUUUGAUGUUGAUGUUGAUGUUGAUGGUGGUUAUGGUUAAGGAUUUUGCUUAGUGCAAGAAACUGUAUCUGUAUUGCUUGUAUAGAGAGUGCGUUGUUGAAGAUACAAUGAGAAAUGGAACAUGUCGUAGCAACUCUUUAUGCCCAUCUUAUGUUUUUAGAAUGUAGAAUGAAACUUGCACCAUAAACUUGGAAGGUGUGUUCAUUGUUUUUGUUUUGUGCCUUUUAGGUGAAAAUAAUAACAGUUGGAUAUGAAGUUAUUAUUCGAUUAUGUGUUUAUUAGGAACAAUGAGACUAUAUGCUAAAAAAUUGAAAUAAAAAACAAAGCCAAUAUCUUUUGUAUAUUAUUAUAAAUGGGGGGUUAGGUCCCUAGUAGGUCAAAACGACAC